AUGGUCAGUGGUUCAGAAAGUCUCUUCUCUAUCGCUGAGUUGUCUCUCAGUUCAGAUUGCGACAAUUCGAAGGCUCGAACUCUUCACUCUUGUUUUGCUCUCUUCGACUCUUCCUCAAGUUGUGAUUCUGUGAAGCUCGGUGACUUAAGCUUGGAGAAAUUUGUGUUCGAUUUCUGGGUUCAAAAUCAUGGAAGCAUUGCUCCUGCCAAGAACUCCAGACUAUCACCUCUGCCUCCAGAACGUGCUAGUUUCAAUUAUGGUAUUGGUGAAACCGUUGAUAUACCUAUUGAUGGAAGUGGGGAUUUGAAAAAGAGGGAGAGGGAACUCCAAGCUAAAGAAGCUGAACUGAGAAAGUGUGAAGAGAUUGUAAAACGGAAAGAGGAUGCUGCAGCACGAGGCUGAAGUCUCUUGUGGAAAUGAAACUGAUUGGAAUUUGAGAAGUGAAUCGAUCAGACUUCCCUUAAUCAAAGAGUAAAAAGAGAUUGCUUCUGGCUCACAGUGACAUGUUGGAGUGG